CCCGAAUCCAAGCCGCCGCAUCCCACCCCCGACCCGCGAAGCUGGCGCGCGAGGCGGCCGACGCGAGCGCCCGGAAGCGCAAGGCGGCGGACGGCGGUGAGGCAGCACCCGACGCCACCGCGGCGCCCCCGAUCCCCGGGGAGGAGGAGGACGCGGCCAUGGGCGACGUCCCCCAGGCGGCGCCGCACGCCGCGGAAGGAGGCGGGGAGGGGGCCGACCCUAACCCUAGCCCGAGCCUCGGCGGGUGCUCGGACCCCGUGUCCGUGGAGCUCUCGAUGGGCGGGGACUACUACCGCUCCUGCUGCGGCGACGCCGACCUCGACAUCCCCGAGGGGCCCAAGCUGCCGUGUGUUGGUGACAAGGAACCUCUCUCCUCUUUAGCAGCUGAGUUUCAGUCUGGCAGCCCCAUUUUACAGGAGAAAAUUAAGUUGCUUGGUGAACAAUAUGAUGCUUUAAGACGGACACGUGGAGAUGGAAACUGCUUUUAUCGAAGCUUUAUGUUUUCCUACUUGGAACACAUCCUAGAGACACAAGACAAAGCUGAGGUCGAUCGCAUCAUGAUAAAAAUUGAGGAAUGCAAGAAGACUCUCCUGUCUCUUGGAUAUAUCGAGUUCACUUUUGAAGAUUUCUUCUCUAUAUUCAUUGAUCUGCUGGAAAGUGUUCUCCAGGGACAUGAAGCUCCUAUAGGGCCUGAAGAGCUUCUAGAAAGAACCAGGGAUUCACAAGUUUCUGAUUAUGUUGUCAUGUUCUUUAGGUUUGUCACUUCUGGUGAAAUUCAAAGGAGGUCUGAGUUCUUCGAACCUUUCAUAUCUGGCUUGACAAAUUCAACUGUGGCUCAGUUCUGCAAGGCUUCUGUGGAGCCUAUGGGUGAGGAAAGUGAUCAUGUGCACAUAAUUGCCCUAUCAGAUGCAUUAGGUGUUCCAAUCCGUGUUGUGUACCUAGACAGAAGCUCUUGUGAUACUGGCAAUCUGAGUGUGAAUCACCAUGACUUCAUCCCUUCGGCCAAUUCUUCUGAGGGUGAUGCUGCGAUGACAUCCGCUCCUGCUGCUGCGAAACCUUACAUUACUUUGCUCUACCGGCCUGGUCACUAUGAUAUUCUCUACCCAAAGUGAAUUUUGGUCAUGGUUAGUUUGAUGAACGUGGUUGAGAAAGCACUGUCUAGAACUCUGUAGUCAUGUUUCGCCUGGGUGCUGCCAAAGGUGGCCUUAAACAAGGGUACUUGAGUUCUUUGGAAGCAAUGAGACUUGCUUUUGUGUGCUGGUGCCCUCGCUCAAUUUAGUCGUUUUUUUUUACCUGCUGUAAGUCUUACUCUGGUACAAUGAUUUAACAUUGUGUUGACUGCAGAGUUCUGUGGAUAUUGCUAGUGGUUCAGCUUUUUUGUUU